CGACUAUAUCGCUUGAUAGAUUAAAAAAUUUUGAUCCGGAUAACUACAAUUUAAUAACUGAAAGAUUUUAUUUGUAGCCAUCAUUUUAUCGAUUUUCGUAAGGUGCAUUAGGGGAAAUUUCGUGUUUUCUUUCCAUUCAAUUGGGCGAAUGAACAAGAUGUACAAAAGAUUGUCAUUAUUGGAUUAUGAAUUAUUCAUCGCUUUCAACUCUUCAUUCAAAAACUACUCGUUUGGUGCAUGACGAGAAAAGGUAUAACAUUCCUCGAUAAUUUCCUGAGAUGAGGGAGUUAAACGAAUGAGGAGGAAGUGACAAUGGGAACAAAUUUACCACCCUUCAGAAGAUCGACCGUCUAUAUUGGUGUGUUCAUUCUUUUCACCUCAUUUUCGCUACUUUUCCACUUUAUGCAACUGUUUUCAGCCAACAGGAUAUCCAUGGCAAGAUGGUAUAAUUCUACAAAAACUACCUGGCUUUCCGCUAAAAAAUCUAUUCUGCGUUCCCAUUUUAUAGGUACCGUACCAACAUGUGAAUCUCAAAAAGAUUUGAACUUGGUAAUAGUCGUAUGUUCAGCUCCUCAAAACUUCGCUGCAAGGCAAGCCAUUCGUGGAACUUGGGGAAAACAAUCAAGUUGGACGAAGAGCACGAAGGUAUUUUUUAUCAUUGGAAGAUCUUCUGAUAGUAUCUCAGACAUGUUUGUAUUCACUGAACAACAAGAAUAUGGAGAUGUUAUACAUUAUGAUCUUCUAGAUUCUUAUUUCAAUCUUACUUUAAAGUCAGUGUCCUUGUUGAAAUGGGUUACUACAAGCUGCACCAAUGCUAAGUUUGUGAUGAAAAGUGAUGAUGACAUGUUUGUAAAUGUGCCUGUUAUUUUUAAAACUGUGAUCCAAUCAGAUACAAAUAAUGACUUAGUAGGAAAACUUAUUGUAAAUGCUAGACCCAUACGAGAUAGAUCAUCGAAGUGGUUUGUUCCUGAAGAUAUGUAUUCCGAUAAAUUAUAUCCGAGUUAUCUUUCUGGAACUGGUUAUGUUAUGUCACUAAGUGCCGCAAUUUUACUUCACAAUAUAUCGUAUUCCGCCCCUUACAUAUGCUUAGAGGAUGUUUUCAUCACUGGCAUAUGUGCAAAAUUAGUAAACAUCAAACCAAAAGACAAUCACUUGUUUACUUACGCCAAACAAAAGAGGAAUCCUUGUAAAUAUUUAUACAUAGCAACCGCGCAUCGAAUGACACCGAAUGAUUUGUAUGAUACUUGGGAUAUGAUACAAAACACGCACUUUAGGUGUGCCAUGUCCUUCUGGAAUACUCUAGAAACGUGAGAGUGCUUUUAUGUAAAAAAUCAGCUCUCUUGAGCAAGUAUCAAUGAGCAUUUAAUCAAAAAUUUGUCUAUACAAACUUGAAUAUUCUUAAUCAUUUAUUUCACUGAAAUAUUUUGAUACAGAGUGUUUAAUGAAUAGUAAAAUCAGUCACUAGAAGAAAUCAAAAAUAAAGUUUCCUUUACAGUGCUAUUAAAAAAAAAGAAAAUACAACAUAUGAACAAAAUAAAUUGUAAGUUUUAAUUCAAUGUCUAAACACUAUCCAUUAAAAUUCUACAAGUGUCUAUUAAAUUCUUUCGUCAUU